UUGGUGUUCUAACUACCAAUAAUUGCUAUUGUCAGACACAUAUGGCUUAUUCUACUGCCAUUGCUUUAGCAAUAUGCAUUUUCUCUCUUUUUCACAAUAUAGGAGGGACGCUUAGUGAUGGGGGCUGUGACCUUUCUCGAGGACAAUGGGUCUAUGAUCCGUCCUAUCCUCUCUACAGUUCCACAGACUGUCCCUUCAUUUGGAAGGAGUUUGAUUGCCAAAAGAAUGGUCGACCAGACAAUGAGUACCUCAAGUACAGAUGGCAGCCCGCUUCUUGCCAGACACCAAGGUUCAGUGGUAGAAGAUUUUUGGAAAGAUUUAGAGGGAAGCGCAUACUGUUUGUAGGAGACUCACUGAGUAUGAAUCAAUGGCAGUCCCUCACAUGCAUGCUUUACAAAUCAGUGCAAGCCAAAUACACCAUAAACAGGAUUGGAGGCCUCUCCAUAUUCAGCUUUCCAGCAUAUGAUGUUUCGAUCAUGCUGUCCCGAAAUGCAUUUCUAGUAGAUACAGUGCAUAUGAGAAAUGGGAAUGUUCUGAUGCUGGACUCAAUUGAGAAUGGAAGUUACUGGAGAACCUUUGAUGUUAUCAUCUUCAAUACAUGGCAUUGGUGGCUUCAUACUGGAAAAAAACAACCGUGGGCUUUUGUUCGUUAUGGAGUGAAUAAUGCACACAAAGACAUGAAUCGCAUGGUGGCGUAUGAGAAAGCUCUAAAUACAUGGGCGAGAUGGGUAGACUCAAGUGUGGACACUGAUAAAACAAAGAUCUUCUUCCAGGGUGUUUCUCCCGAUCAUGUGAAUCCAAGAGAAUGGGGUGAUGAUGCAAACUCAAAGAGUUGUUUGGGAGAAACUGAACCAGUGAAGGGGACACAAUAUCCAGGAGGUUCACACCCAGGAGAAGUUGUUUUAGAAAGGGUAUUGAGAAAAAUUUCAAAGCCAGUUCAUUUGCUAAACAUCACCAGACUUUCACAACUAAGAAAAGACAGUCACCCUUCAGCCUAUGGCUUCGGCGGCCACCGUGGCAUGGAUUGUACCCACUGGUGUGUUCCCGGUGUUCCAGAUACUUGGAACCAACUUCUAUUUGCAGCACUCUUCCAGGGCUCAUGACCUAUUCUCUUCUCUUUAUAAUCUUUGGUGAAAGAAUCAUCAAUUAUAUCUUUGAAAUUGUCAUUUAAUAACAAUGUUUUCCUCUUGAAAGCAUUAGCAUGCAAUUUGUACUUGAAUGUGUACAUUUGUUGCUUGUAACCACAAAAAAGAUUGUAGUUGCAACUACUAGCUAGGAACUAGCUACGGUAUAAAGGAAGCCUUCAAUCUUCAUUGUUAUAGGAACUUGUAACCAAUCAGAUUGGAAUCAAUGAUUCAAUGGAUCCAUAUGUAUGGAAUUUAUGACUAUA